UUCAGAAAUUCCCAACUUUCGAGGUUCACGUCUCUCGCGCCCGAGUCUGGAUCUCGUCCUCGACCGCCCGUCCACCAUAACCCGUUCGCGACUUGAAUCUACCACGGGCCGGUCUUGCACGAUUGCCAAAGAGAACAAUGGCGCCUAAACUGGCCCGGCCGUCAAUAUGCGGCCUCCAAGCCGCUCUCUCCGCGUGCCGCAUCUCGACGACGUCGACGACGACGAUGACGACGAUUACGACGACGACGGCGGCAGCGGCAACGACGACGGCAACAGUGACGACAAGGACAUGCGCAUCAGCAUGGCGAGCAUUCAGCACUACCCCUUCUAUCUCUCAAUCUCUCGCAGUUCCCCCGGAAUCCCCGAAAUUUAUCACCGUUCCGGAACCGCCACAGUCCGCCGAGCACAGGCUGCCCCCCAUCAGGGGCCACCUUCCCGUGCCGCGCGACGUGUUUCCCAAGCGGGAUGGCAACCGCAAGGUGAAGCAGGAGUGGAUUGACGCGGCGACUCCCGUCUCCAAGGCCGAGGCGGCCGGCGAGCCGCCAAAGUCGGAGGAGGAAGCCCGCCGGCGCGUCUUCGCCGCCGCGCGCCGCAAGGCCCUCGCCUCGGGCAUCACGGGCCUCUACGUGCGCAAGACGCAGCGCCAGCAGCGCGUCCAGGCGCGCGCCGAGCGCCGGCGGAAGGCCAACCUCGCGGCCGCCACGGCGCCGGAGCGGCUCGACGACGUGCUCACGCGGCCCACCGUGCGCGCCUCGACCGCCCUCCAGACCACCGUCAUGCCCGACCCGGACCGCUUCGCCAAGGCCGAGGCCGCCCGCGAGCGGCACCGGCAGAAGACGGAGCUCAAGGCGGAGGCGCGGCGGGACGCCCUGGCGCAGCUGUACGUGGCGGCGCAGCAGUUCAUCAUCGACGAGGCCGAGCUCGAGGCCCGCGUCGAGGCCAUCUUCACCCCCGACUACCACCGCGUCGGCGGCAUCAACCGCGGGCAGAGCAUCUGGGACCAGGACGCCGCGCCCGUCAGCGUCGCCGACCUCCAGGCCGAGAUGCUGGGCACCUCGUCUAAGGCUAUCGACGCCAACAAGCCGGUUGCCAUGAAGACGACCAAGAGGCAGAAGGCCGUGGCGGAGGAGUUGACCGGUGGCAAGCUGUAAAGGGGUUGGUGAUGGGGGAAAGAUGAGAAAUAUGUAUAUGUUUGCUCGAGGUGGGCAAGGAGUGAGAAGGGAGCAGCACACCAGGGCAGCUGGCCUUUUAACAGGGCCAAUGUAUCAAACCGUGUUAUGGUAUGUGUCUGUGUGUACAAAUAGAAACAAUGGGUCUCUUUCCAAAUAUAUGCGUUGCAAGUGUUAUCCUACGUACGGCGUUGGCCCUUUUGUGAUGAUAUGGAGAAACCGUGU